AUGUCAAAGAUUGAAGAGAUCGACACGCGUGUUAAAGCAUACUUAUACGAUAUUGGCUAUCACAGAUGGUCUACGGUGAACAGAACUUGGACUAUGACAUCAAACAUUGCCGAAUCAUUGAAUGCGGUAACAAAAGAUGCAAGAGAGCUGCCGAUAGUAGAACUAUUAGAGUACAUGAGGACUCUUCUUGAAUGUUGGACUAAUGAAAAGUUAUUGAAAGCAAAGGUUACAUUCACAUACCUUGGGUUUAAAUUCAACAAAGAGUUGGAGGACAACAGAACAUUGUCGCAGAAGCUUAAAGUGAGGGCUUCAAUAGAUUACAUCCAUACAGUGCUAGAUGGUGUGAGGCGCUAUAUUUGUCUUGAAAACAAGAGAUCUGGUGGACCUUUUCUUCUUCCUAAUCUGCCAGUCACUUUACUCUCACUAAUUGCACCAAUCUCUCGCUUUUUCCUAGCAUAA